UGUUUAGGUUCAGGAAAAAGCUUUAUCGUUUAUGAUUGAUUUACUGAGAAAUUGAAUUGUUAAUGGUAAACUAGGUAAUGAUAUUUUCUCUUUCUUUUUUUUUUAGAAAAAAGGACUCAACUACUUACAAUAUAGGUCUUCUUAAGAAAGGAUAAUUACUUGUGGGAAAGGUUUCUACUAGUAGAACGAUUACUGGGAGGGGAUAGUUAUCCUAACUCUAACUCGAUAUGUUAAUAAAAGAAUCGUGGUUCAAAGGAUAAAAUAUUCAUUUCGUUGUGCUAUAUUCUGAACACAACAGGAUGAGAGAACACAACUUUAACUUUUUAAGAUUUGGAAAAAGAAAAGGGUAGGCUUCAGUUAAAAUAGUUCUAUGGUGAUUGGCUUAUGCAAUUCGUAGAGGGUGAUACUUCAGAAGAGUUUAAAAGGAGAAUCAGUUGUUUCCGGAAAAAAGGAUGAAAACACAGGGUUUUUGAAACCAUGGCAGCUGUAGAUGAUGAUUCAAUUGACUUCAACCAGUUAGAAGCAGAAUUGCAUGCAGCAGUAGAAGCUGAUGCUAGAUAUUGGCGAGAAAAUGACGCCAAAUUUAGAGCAGUCAAUCAGAGAGUUGCAUCAUAUGAUGAAUUCAGAGACAUGGUUAAGGCAGCUCACUUGAAACCCUUGCAAAGGGAUGACAAAAUUAAUGGUAUACCCAAGAAAGUUUGGAAUAGUUUUGCUACUAAUAGAGUGAAAAGUGCCCAACAACAUCAGUGUCCAUGUGCUCAGCUUUCAAAGCAGCCUUGUGAACUUAAGACACCUUUUACCAGCCAAGAAUUUGAAAAGAUUUGGCACCGUCACCUCACAAGCACUCAAGACCAUUACAGCUUCUUAAAGAAGUUAGGAGGUGAGACAUUAGGUCAAAUAUUUCACUCUGAAAUAGGCUUUGGUCUUCUUGGUGAAAUUUUGGUGUCUUUGAUUGAGUUUGAAGACACUGUUGAAGACUUCUGUUUGGUGGUAGAAGUGUUAAGUGGACUCAGUAAAGCAAAAAGAUUUGGACUGACUUUGCAGUUCUUAACCAGUGAAGAAAAAGCAGAGUGUAAACGACUAUUCCAACUAAUGUGGCAGAGUAUGUCAGACAAACAGCAAGACUUGGCAGAAAAUGGAAUCACAGAACUCACUCUCCAAGAUUUAAUGAAAGUCUAUGAGGUAAAAUCAAAGUAAACUGAACAGAGGAAGUUAAUAAUACCAUAUUUUUCUCCUCCUCAUUAAUUAAAGUAUUUUAUCUUACUCCAGAAUGGGAUACCAGUGGUUUUUGCUAAAAAAAAUUGUUUUUUGCUCACAAUUUUUCAGAAAUGUGUGCUUUCUAUUUGUUUGGCUUCAUAGCAGAAUAAUAUACUGUCAUUCUUUUAAAACAUUUUUAAGAUAGUUACUUGUUUACUUUCAUCCAUGUUCUGAGCAAAAGGCCCCCACAACAUUCUACACUCCAGCUGAGGCUCUCCUCACACCAUGAAUUUAUUUGCUGUGGCCCCACUAAAGUCUAUGGACCCCAGUUUGGGAACUCCCGCCUUAUAGGACAGGAAACUUGUAAAUACCAAGUUUUAAUAUACUGUUUCUUAUUUUUUGUGUCAUUACUAUGUAUACGCGUGUAGUAAUUGAUUGACUACAAUAGUAACAGAAAAAAGUAAGAUGUGGAAAUUUCUGUUUUUUCGUGUAUAAUUAUUUUACUUCUCUUGUAGAUAUUUUUCUCCAAAUUGCAUAUUAGAACUACCUUUAGAAGUGCAGUUACAAGAAAUUAGAAUUGUUAUAGAUUAUAACAAUUUUCUUUGCAUGCAGUAUGAGCAGUAAUGCUCAUGUUUUAUCAUUUGCUUGAACUUGUACUUAUAUUCACAUACAUUUCCCAUUUAUCAUUCUUACUUUAAAUUCUAUACACUAAACUUUAAAUUGUGGAUUUUUCACAAUGAUCAGUUUUCAAAUGUUUUUGUUAAUUUAAAAUACAUCAUCCUACUAAAAAUAAUAGGUUUGUCAUGAGUCUAACUAUCAGAUAGUACAGAUGUUGACCAGAAUUUGAUACAGUAUCCAUGCGAGUAUGUAAAGAUAAGCAAUCAUAUAUAGUUUCAAACAUUAGGCUUCAACUUAACUAAUAAGUUUGAAGAUUACCAUAAUGUUGAUUUUGUUGUAUCAUAAAAUUAGAUUGUGAUUAUAUGAUAUAGAAAAGUUUAUAUACACGUGUUAGUUUUGCAACAGUAUGCUGGUAUGAUUAUACUGUAAAUGGUUUCAUAGAGCUAGUGUUUCUAUUUAUAUUAGUGGUAGUCAUUUUUUACAUUAAGUAUGUUUUUACAGCAAGUUAAAUAUUGUAGCAAUAGUAAUGGAUCAGACAUUGUACUGGCUUCUUACUGAUUCCAUUACUAACUGAAUAACACAUUUCAGAAAUACAAAGACAUUGUACUGGCUUCUUACUGAAUAAGACAUUUCAGAAAUACAAAAACAUUGUACUGGCUUCUUACUGAUUCCAUUACAUUUCAGAAAUACAAAGGCAUUGUACUGGCUUCUUACUGAUUCCAUUACAAGCUGAAUAAGACAUUUCAAAAAUACAAAGACAUUGUUCUGGCUUCUUACUGAUUCCAUUACAAACUAAAUAAGACAUUUCAGAAAUACAAAGACAUUGUACUGGCUUCUUACUGAUUCCAUUACAAGCUGAAUAAGACAUUUCAAAAAUACAAAGACAUUGUUCUGGCUUCUUACUGAUUCCAUUACAAACUAAAUAAGACAUUUCAGAAAUACAAAGACAUUGUUCUGGCUUCUUACUGAUUCCAUUACUAACUGAAUAAGACA